UGCCCCCAUAGGCACAACCAAUCAGUGCUCAGAGCAGACAGAAGCUUUAAGGAGACAUGUACUAGAACGUUUAACAAACUUAUUCGUGUUCCAAGCAGGACCUGCUGAUUCUCAUUUGGGGGAUUUCUCUGCAUACAGACCUGUGGAUGUACCUUUUGUGAGUGGAUUCUCCAGUGUAUGUUUGCAGCUGUUUUCUCUGCUGUUCUGUGGCUUUGUCACACUGAGCCAUGUCUAUGCUGCCUUCUUUUGGCUUCACGCAGGAGCAAGUAGCUUGUGUGUGUGAGGUUCUGCAGCAAGGGGGGAAUCUGGAGAGGCUGGGCAGAUUCUUAUGGUCCCUUCCAGCCUGUGACCACCUACACAAGAAUGAAAGUGUCCUGAAGGCUAAGGCUGUGGUUGCCUUCCACAGGGGGAACUUCAGAGAGCUGUACAAGAUUCUGGAAAGUCACCAAUUCUCACCCCAUAACCACCCCAAACUUCAGCAGCUGUGGCUCAAAGCCCAUUAUGUGGAGGCUGAAAAACUGAGGGGGAGACCUCUUGGGGCAGUUGGAAAAUACAGGGUGAGACGAAAAUUUCCCUUACCCAGGACAAUCUGGGAUGGUGAAGAAACCAGUUACUGUUUUAAGGAGAAGUCCAGAGGGGUGCUGAGAGAGUGGUAUGCCCACAACCCCUAUCCAUCACCUAGGGAGAAGAGGGAGCUGGCUGAGGCCACUGGACUUACCACCACACAGGUCAGCAACUGGUUCAAGAACCGGAGGCAAAGGGACAGGGCAGCAGAGGCCAAAGAAAGGGAAAACACUGAAAAUAAUAGCACAUCCAACAACAAACAAAAUCAACUCUCUCCAUUGGACGGUGGGAAAUCCCUGAUGUCCAGUUCAGAUGAAGAAUUUUCACCUCCUCAAAGUCCAGAUCACAGCUCAGUCCUUCUACUACAGGGGAGCCUGGGCCACCCUGGAGGGUCUACGUAUUCUUUAAACGCUCUAAAUGCUACCCAGGGCAGUCACAGCCUGCAAGCACAUCAACAUCAACUACAGGACUCCUUACUUGGACCUCUUACCUCCAGCCUAGUGGAUCUUGGAUCCUAAUUGGGAUCUGUACCAUCAGACAGAGACACUGAGCUGAGCCCCAGAGAAUCCAGACUCUUUGUACAUAGCAAGACAUUUAAUGCUCUGAAAACUCAGCUCAUUCACACGGUACUUAAUACGAGAACAGUGACUAUAUUAAUAUUAUUAUUAUUUUUAUUUUAUUUUUAUUUCUUUCCAUAAUUUUUCUUUUUUUUUCAAAUAUUCGUCCAAACCCGUCAAAUGCUCUUAUGAUCUCUUAGAACAAUCCUGCAAGUAAGCCAAGUACUGCGCAGGACAGAGGCACUAGUACACCCCCCUACCCCUCUCACCCCUUCUUUUAAAAAAUAAAUAAAAAUAAAUAACAUGCAUUUUGAUCAACUUUCCAUGCAAAAUAUAGGAUAUUCUAAACUGAAAGACAUUAUUGUGUUUUAUUUAUGGAAGAAUUUAUUUUCCUGUUCUUUAAAGAAAAGUGGUAAAAAAAAUAAUAAUUAAAAAAAAUAUAUCAAGGAGGAUAAAACUGUGAGGACUUCUAUACAAUUUCAAAAAAUUGGACGGGGCUAAGUUUACAUUAUUUUUUUCAUAUUUAGUGUAUAAAAACAUAGAAAAAAUAGUUUAUAAUAAAAAUGCAGUAUUAGAAAAUCAACAGAUAUUAGGAAUGAGUCUACUCUUGGCGCUAGAAACAACAACAAACAAAAAAUAAAAUAAACAACACGUUUAUUUUAAAAUAUUGUCCAAAAAUAAAUAGAUAUUAUAAAUAUUUACAUAAAUAGGGAUCCUGUGCUGGAAGUUGGAGGUAAAGGAGAUUCUGCACUCAGACAGGAGGGUAGUGGGUGCUUAGUGGACACAGAUAUAAAAAGAAUGCAAGUCAAAUUAAUUGUAGCCAAUUAUGAACAGGGGAAGAUGGUAAAAAUAAUUAAUGGGUCUUCCCUGUAGUUAAAAUUUAAUAGUAAUUCAAUUGAGAUGUUUAGCUACAAAGCCAUGUUAUUAUUAAUAUUCCCAUCAUUUAUAUAGCGCUAACAUAUGCCACAGCGUUUUGCCAUUAUAACAUGGGGAUAUUAUAACAACCAGUAAUUAACAGACAGAAUAUAACAGACACAAGAGGUGAAAGUAACUGUAUGUAUCAUUUAAUAAGCUCGGAUUGGAAAUAUAUUUAUAAAAAAUGUUCCUUCUCACUGUAGAAAGCGGUGACUUUAGCUUUCACAGUCUUGGUUGGAAUAGCGGGGGGAAAUGCGCUAAUGUUUGUUUUGCUACAGGUUUCUGCGCUGUAGUUAUGAUCUGGGAAAGUUUCUGCGCAGAAUUUGCGCACAGUGAAGAUUAUUGCGCAAAAGUUGCGCGCAGAGAGUAUUCUUGCGCAGGAUUUGCACACAGUGAAGAUUCUUGCGCAGAAGUUACGCUCAGCGCAGAUUGCUGCGCUAAAGAUACUUGCGCUAAGGAGGUUUGCGUCACCUUAGAAUAUGUAGAGAAGCGUCAAAUCAGGCGAUUACUGGGCAUCCCUCACCCAUCAAUAAAAAUAACACAACUUUCAUUUUCUUGUCGAUAGCAAUUGGAAACCAUUAAGGACAGCAGCCAGAAAGCGCUAGACAUUUAUUUUAACUUGUCAUUACUAACUCUGAGUCCUUCAAUCAUUUCAUAGUUAACCCUUUGAGUACCAGAGGAAACCCACAACUUUCUAAUCUGAAAAAAAGAAAAAUAUAGAAUUCCAGCCUGCAGUCUUUUUAAAAAAAAAUAAAAUUAAAAAUGGUGAAUAGUCUGCCACUCAUUUAAGUGAUCGAGUUCUUUUUCAUAGGGUACUAUUAUUUAUUAAUUUUAGCUUGUUUUCUAUGGUAAUGAGGGGGGUGAUUAUUUUUUUCUGUGUAACAGCAGUAAUCUGUGGUAUUUAUUAAAUGGACAGUAAUAUUAAAA